AUUACAGAUAUGCAUUUAUCAUUGACUUUAGGAAAGCGCCAUACCCCUCUCUUGCAAAUUUAAUCUUAGUUGUAGUUUGGUUUAGUAAUCUGUUGAUAUCUCAUUGAUGCCACUUAUCCAGAAAUUGCUAUACUAGUCUGAUUACGGAUUACUUCUUAAGAGGUUGGAGAAAGAGAGCAGAAAUGGCUUAUGCAUUAGUCGUUUCUCUGAAACAGACGUUAGAGCCCCUUAUUGAUUCAGCUCGAUCAAGAGUUCAAAUUUGCAGCUCGGAGCUUCAACCCAUUUACGAAGACCUCUGUUACCUAAAGUCAUUUUUUGAUAAAGUGAAAUCUUUAGAAGACAGCAACAGCGUUGAGGAACUGGAAAAAGAUGUAAAGGAUGUUUUGCAGAAUGCUCGAGAUCUGAUAGAAUCCCAUUUAUCAGAUGUAGUCCAUUCUGCAGGAGAUGGGAGUUGGAAUAGUUCAGCUGGGUUUUCCCCAAAAAUGGUGAAAGUCAAAGAUAAACUCUCUCCCUUUAUCGAUGUGUUGAAGGCCAAGGAAAAUGAGCUCACAGGAAACCAGCAAUUGCCCCCUGAUGUUGCCGUUCCUGUUCCUGUUCCUGUUCUAUCAAGAAUCAACCACAGGUUUGUGGAAUUGGAAUAUGAAGUAGAAAUGUUGCAAAAACGUCUUUUGGAGCCAGAUUCCGGGCUACAGGUUUGCUAUAUUGUCGGGAUGUUUGGUAUUGGUAAGACUACUCUUGCCAGGAUCGUAUAUAACAAUGAAGAUAUCGUUUACAAGUUCGAUAUGCGCUUAAUUGUAGUAAUAGGUGUAAAAUAUAAGUUGGAAGAGUUAUUGCUGCGUCUUCUUCGUCCAUUAUUACAUGAGAGGGUUUCAGAAGUAAAGAAAGAAGAGACGGUUCAUGAAUUAGGGGACCGUCUCAGGGAAUCUUUAUCUCAUAUGACUUAUCUGGUUGUAUUAGAUGACUUAAGGGAUAUGCGUGUAUGGGAACAACUCCGACCAUACUUUCCAGAUGUGGGAAAUGGUAGUCGAAUCAUGAUUACAACUAGGAUGACGAAUAUGGAUUGCGCUAGAGAAUAUAUUCAUCGAAAGUGCCCCUUGUCGGAAGAGGCAAGUUGGUGGUUGUUUCGUAAGAUAGCAUUCUCUAACAUGGAGAUGGAUAUGUAUGAACUUGACCCAAUAGGCAAGACAAUUGCGAAAAACAUGGGCGGACUUCCCUUGGCACUAGUCGAGAUUGGUGAAGUCGUAUCUAAGCUACCAAAAACAGUGGAGUGUUGGAGGAAAGUUGCUCAAAAUAUGAAUUCACAUAUUCAGGAAACAAGCAUCCCAAAGGCUGUGAAUGCUGGAUUGCCUCAGCAUUUAAAGGCAUGCUUUCUCUAUUUGUGCCUAUUCCAACGUCACUAUGCUAUCCCAACUUCUACACUCAUAAAAUUAUGGGUUGCUGAGGGAUUCAUCGAGCCUGAAGCAGAUCAAAGCUUGGAACAAAUAGCUGAGGAGUAUCUCGAGGACCUUGUUUCCAGAAGUCUUGUUAUAGUUCAUGAGCGGAGCUACACUGGUCGAAUCAAAACCUGCGGAGUGAUCCGGGAGCUCGUUUGGGAUGUCUGUGUCUCUGAAGCUCAGCAGCAAAAAUUAAUCCAUAUUGUAAACAAAGACACUGCAAGUUCUGGAGUGGGCAUAAAGUACCCAAGGCGGCUGAGCAUCCAAAGUGAUGUUGCAGUUGGAGUGACGGGGUCAGGUCGUCUACGCUCUCUUGUUUUCAUGUGCGCAGACACAGAGCAUCAAGAUCCAUUGCCGGUGUUUGAGCGUGUUAAAUGGCUAAGGGUACUGCAUGCACUUCCUAUCAGAUUUAGCAAGUUCCCGGAUCAAGUACUGAAGCUGGUUCGGUUGAGGUACCUGGCCAUCACAUUUGAAGGGGAGCUACCUUCAUCGAUAUCCACACUCUGGGACCUUCAAGCCUUGAUUAUUGUUUCAAGUCGGGCCAUCAGCUCCCCUGUCUUUCUACCGUUGGAGAUAUGGGAAUUACAAAAACUGAGGCACCUACAUUGCAUGGGUUUCGAUCUGCCACUUCCUUCAGCUGAUCUGAACCUCAUGAAGCUUCUCACGCUUUCAGGUGUGAGUUUCCGUACUUGUGUUGAUGGAGUUCUUGCAAGAAUUCCCAACGUAAUCAAGUUAGGGAUUCGGUUUAAUCCAGCAGACCACGCUGUUGAAGUUUCCUGUUUUCAAGCUGUUUUUAGCUAUCUGAACCACCUUGAGUCAUUCAAAUGCGGAGUCACAAGCCAAUCCGAAGCUGCAUUUUCUCUUUUAGGUUUCCCUUCUGGUCUUAUAAAGCUAACCUUGGGUGGAAGUGGAUUUCUGUGGGAUGAGCAUACCUCCAUCAUUUCUGAUUUACCACAUCUUCAAGUACUAAAGCUGCGGUGGCGCGCCUUCUGCGGCCCUAAGUGGGAAUUAUACGAGGGGGGGUUUCCGCGGCUAAAAUUCCUGGCUUUGGAAGACUUGGAUAUAGAGCAGCUGAUAGCAGAGUCUAACCACUUCCCAGUUUUGCAAAAGUUACUUAUUAGGCGCUGCUAUAAAUUGCAAGAGAUUCCCAUUGAAAUGGGAGAUAUCCCAACACUUGAAGUUAUAGAGGUGAAGGAUUGCUGCGAGUCCCUUAUUGAAUCAGUAAGACACAUAAAGAGGGAACAAGAGGAGCUAGGAAAUGAGGAUCUACUAAUUCGGAUCCUUUAAUAGACUGAUGACUUAUAAGAAGUCCAGCUUGCAGAGAGGAUUGUUGUUCAUACAGCUUCAAUCAUCUCUUUUGUGGGAAGCAGGUAGAGAUUGUCACAGUGCUGUUGUAUUGUAUUCGUUUGCUUUUAUAGUGUGUGAAGACUCAUGGAAUUGACAAUGUAUUAAUCGUUGUAAUGGUGGUUAUUUUUCCAACUCUUCAGAAUUGAAGUUGUGAAAUAUUCAUUGUUUAUAAACUUAUUGCUAUGUGGGAAAAAUGAAGUACUUGCUGAGAUCGAGGACUCAAAUUUACAAUGUAAUUUAUCCUUAGGGACAAUGUAAUUUACAAUGUAAUUUAUCCUACAUUGAUUGAAUGUGUAUUUAAGGUAUGACUUGCAAAAAUUAAAUGUAUUGAA